AUGCUCAAGGUUUUCAAGGUUCUCAAAGCGUCGGUAACGGUGAACGAGCAACUGGUGAGCAGCAUAAACAGUGGUUUGUGUCUUCUCGUGGGGCUCAGCGUGGAUGAUAGCGACGAGGACAUUCAAUGGAUGGCCAACAAACUUGUCAAAUUGCGUUUGUUCGACGGCGGCGCAUGUGUGGCAGACAACCGCCUCGAAAUACUCUCCGUCUCGCAGUUCACCUUGCAUGCCUCCCUCAAAGGCAACAGCUUGGACUACCGCAAAGCCAUGAAGAGCUCAGACGCUCGAGACGCUUACCAGCAUUUCCUCAACACGCUUAGCCAGCUACACCACCCAGAUCUCAUCAAAGACGGCAGAUUUGGGGAAAUGAUGCGCGUCAAUAUCGAAAACGACGGACCAUUCACAAUCAACUUGGAUUCAAAGAUAAGAAAGUAG